AACAUGAUAGUUUUGCUUCUGAUUCCAAUCAUUGGAUUGUACGUGCUUCUGUUAGCUCAUUAAUGAGGUUCUACAAUGCCAAAUGUUGCAGGCUUUUGACUAAAUUUUGCAGGUUGUAGAAUACAGCGGUUUAAAAAUGGGAAAAUCUCCUGGAAAAUGGAUCAAAUCUGUUCUAUUUGGGAAGAAGUCAUCCAAAUCCAAUUUGUCCAAAGGAAAAGACAUUACAAAAUCUUCAACUGAAAAAGCAUCACUUGUUUCGGACAAGGAACCACCUUCCAAAUUAGCCGUGGAGCCAUUUUCAAUUUCUGAACCGGUUCCUUGUCCUAGUGCCACCACUGGCAAAGGCCCAGAACCUGAAAAGGAAGAGGCUCCGAGGUUGCCAAGCAUUGGUUUGAUUUUGUCUUCACCAAAGCUAGAUGGAGAUGCACAAACAGCCACAGAUGUUGAUCCACCUCAAGAUUCUGAGAGAAUGAGGCUUGACCAAGCUGCUACAAAGGCACAAGCUGCUUUUAGGGGUUACUUGGCUCGCCGGGCAUUUCGAGCACUUGAUGGCAUCAUAAGGCUACAAGCAUUUAUUCGUGGUCACUUAGUCAGGAGGCAGGCUGUUUCCACAUUGCAGUAUGUACAGAGCAUUGUUAAGUUACAAGCUUUUGUUCGAGGCCAGAUUGUUAGAUGUUCUGAUAUUGGCAUUAAAGUGCGCGCUAAGUCAACUGUGGAAGAAAAGGAUGCCAAAUAUUUGGAACCGAGUGAAAACACAUAUAAUCAAGCAGAAGAAUUGUUGAAGAAUGGUUUUGUUGCUGAGCUACUCUCUCUGUCAGCCUCUGCGAUGCCUAUAAGUCUACAAUGUGGUGUGGAGGAACCAGAUUCAGCAUGGCAUUGGCUUCUUCGGUGGACAUCAAUACGCAUAUGGGAACCAAAAUCUGAGCUGAAAAAGAUUGCUGGUUCAAAGCAUCGGAGAGCUGAAAUAGGGCAAACCAGGGCAAAGCGCGGUACAGGGAGAUUGCACUCUGGCACAGUUCACAUUAGCUCAAGUCAUAGUAUGACUGAGUCAGAUAAACAAAAAAGCAAUCCAACGAGGACUUCAAAUCACUCCACCAAUUCUGCUCAGUGUUAUCCUCAGAAUGAGGUUGAGAAGGUUAAGCGUAAUCUGAAGAAAAUUUCUGACUCCCAAAGAGAUGCUUCCAUCGAGAAAGAGGUUGAUACUGAGAAACAAGGACUAACUCAUGGAAAUGGAUCGAAUCAACCAGCUCAUGAGCUAUCAGAACACAGUACUGAUACUCAAUCUGAUAAACUGCAAGCAGACUUGGAAGGGGAUGUACUGAAACAAACUGAUCAGGCAACAUCUGCAGAUCUUCCAGAUAGGCAUGACACAGUUGAUGAGUUAUGUGAUUGUCCUGUAUCUAACACUGAUGGGCAACCUAAAAUUUUUGGUGAGGAAAAUGAGAAUAUUCUGGUUGUGGAUAAGAAUUUUAAGGAUGAUCUAUCUGGCGAUGAGAACCAUAAAGUUAGCAAGAGAAGAGCUUCUUUACCUCCAAUGCAUGACGAUCAAGAUGCAGCUGUCCCUAGUGUCAUAAAGUCUAAGGAUGAUCAAAAUGGCAAUGAGAACUACAAGUUUAACAAGAGAAGAGCUUCUUUACCCGCAAAGCAUGAUGAACAAGAUGUAGGCAUAACUAAUGAAACAAAGGUCCCCAGUUACAUGGCAGCAACUGAGUCUGCCAAGGCUAAGGCACGAGGUCAAGUCUCGCCGAGGUUUGGACAAGAUGCAUACGAGAAGAAUGGUCUACCUAGGCGCUACUCGUUGCCUUCUUCUACCAAUGUGAAGCUGACUUCAUCUCCACGAGUACAGAGUCUUGUUCAAGGUAGUGGAAAAGGAGGAAUCAAAAUUGACAGAUCUCUUUCAUCUUCCAGAGAUGUUUCAGGUAAGUUGAUUCAAGCAGAAUGGAAGAGGUAAAUACAGCAGGAAGUAGUUUACGUGAAGUUGCCAGAGUAUAGUAGGUGAAACACAGUUACUGGCUAUAGUGAUUCUCUGUUUUGUGCAUGCUACUUUAAUGUAAGUUGGUCACUGUACAACAUGGAUGACAAUGGACAAAAGAAGUGCAUGGAGCGCAAAAAUUGUCUUUUCUGGUAUCGUCGAGUUUUUGGAAGGAUUGAUUAGUUAUGUAGGCUUUUGGUUGAUGGAUUUUUGGAGGUUUUGAGGACAUGUUAUGGGAAAAUGUCUGGAUAAUUUUUGCCAUAUUCACGGGUAGCAUGAAGUUUUGUAGA